AUGCAGCCGCCCGCGCCCUCCCGCCUGAGGCUGCUGUUCCUGCUGCUCCUGUGUCCGGCGCACGUCGGCGGACUGUGGUGGGCCGUGGGCAGCCCCUUGGUCAUGGACCCUACCAGCAUCUGCAGGAAGGCACGGCGGCUAGCAGGGCGGCAGGCUGAGUUGUGCCAGGCCGAGCCGGAAGUUGUGGCCGAGCUAGCGCGGGGCGCCCGGCUAGGGGUUCGAGAAUGCCAGUUCCAGUUCCGCUUCCGCCGCUGGAACUGUUCCAGCCACAGCAAGGCCUUUGGGCGCAUCCUGCAGCAGGACAUCCGGGAGACGGCCUUCGUGUUUGCCAUAACGGCGGCAGGCGCCAGCCACGCGGUCACACAGGCCUGCUCCAUGGGCGAGCUGCUGCAGUGCGGCUGCCAGGCGCCCCGAGGCCGGGCCCCGCCCCGUCCCCCCGGCCUGCCAGGUACCCCUGGGCCCCCGGGCCCCGCGGGCUCCCCCGACGGCAGCGCCGCCUGGGAGUGGGGAGGCUGCGGCGACGACGUGGACUUCGGGGAUGAGAAGUCGAGGCUCUUUAUGGACGCGCAGCACAAGCGGGGACGCGGAGACAUCCGUGCGUUGGUGCAACUUCACAACAACGAGGCGGGCCGGCUGGCCGUGCGGAGCCACACGCGGACCGAAUGCAAGUGCCAUGGCCUGUCGGGCUCAUGCGCGCUGCGCACCUGCUGGCAGAAGUUGCCCCCGUUCCGCGAGGUGGGCGCGCGGCUGCUCGAGCGCUUCCACGGCGCCUCGCGUGUCAUGGGCACCAACGACGGCAAGGCUCUGCUGCCCGCUGUUCGCACGCUCAAGCCGCCGGGCCGCGCUGACCUGCUAUACGCCGCCGACUCGCCCGACUUCUGCGCCCCCAACCGGCGCACCGGUUCGCCGGGCACGCGCGGCCGCGCCUGCAACAGCAGUGCCCCGGACCUCAGCGGCUGCGACCUGCUGUGCUGCGGCCGCGGCCACCGCCAGGAGAGCGUGCAGCUCGAGGAGAACUGUCUGUGCCGCUUCCACUGGUGCUGCGUAGUGCAGUGCCACCGCUGCCGCGUACGCAAGGAACUCAGCCUCUGCCUCUGA